AUGGAGUUUGCCUUUGACGUCGUUGGCUUGUUGGGUGCUCCAAUCGGGCACGAUGGGCCGUUUGUGGGGUUCGUCGAUGAGAGCCGCCUGCGAGCUGACAGCAGUGGAAUGUUGUCCUGCGUGCUCGAGGAGAUGGGAAAGCGGUCGGCAGCCGCACAAGGCUUGCGAAAGCCCGUGACGUCUGGUGCCUUUUUGGGGGAUCAGCGUGUGUACCUUCUCGCCGAGGGGAGAAGAGCCCUCGGUGUGCUGAAGGUUGGCCAGAAGCGGCUCUUUGUUGAGGCUCCUUUCAGAAGUUGCGAUUUCGCAGAUGUGCGGAACAUCUUCCAGGAGAUUGAACCUUUGUGCACCCUGGACUUCUACGUGCAUGAGAAGUGCCAACGUGCCGGCUUCGGCCAUCAGCUCUUCAAUGUCAUGCUUCAGCGUGAAGAGAUCUCCCCAGAGAAGAUGGGCUACGACCGGCCGUCUCCGAAGUUCUUGGCCUUUUUGCGGAAGCACUACGGGCUCUGCAAGCACAAGCCCCAAAACAACAACUUUGUGGUCUUCGAUGCCUUUUGGGAUGAUGGCUCCAAGCUCGAUAGAGGUCGUCCCAUGGAUCCUCUUGGCACUUGUAGGCAGAGCGCAGGCGACAGACUCGACAGACCGAGAUUAGUUUCACAGCCUUCAGUUGGAAGAGGUGUGAGCGGACAGAGGGACCUCUUUUCUGGGCCAGCACUUGACCACCAACAGCACCGCCGAACGGCCGCGCCGAUCUUCUAG